UAACACUCGCAAGUUUUUAAAAUUCUUGUACCAUUUACUGAAAAUUACGUUUUCUGAAAUGGUGUUAGUUUUGGUAAUAGGCGACUUUCACAUUCCAUAUCGUGUACACGAUCUACCUCUAAAGUUUAAAAAACUUUUGGUUCCAGGUAAAAUACAACAAAUUAUAUGUACAGGUAACGUAUGUGAUAAAGAAACUUUUGAUUACUUACGGACUGUUGCUGCUGAUGUACAUGUCGUGAAAGGAGAUUACGAUGAGUUCCCAAGUUGGCCACUUUCAAAAAUUAUAACUCAUGGUCCUCUUCGCAUUGGCGUUUUACACGGACAUCAAGUGAUUCCCGUCGGAGAUGCUGAAUCAUUAUCGAUUGUAGCGCGUCAAAUGGAUGUUGAUAUUUUAUUAACAGGCCAUACACACAGAUUUGAGGCAAUCGAAUAUGAAGGCAAAUUUUUUGUUAACCCAGGUAGUGCAACAGGUGCUUAUUCUGGGUUUAGUUCAGAAGAUAUUAAACCAUCAUUCGUUCUUAUGGAUAUUCAAGGAGUAGUUGUAGUAACUUAUGUAUACCAAUUAGUUGAUGGUGAUGUUAAAGUGGACAAGAUUGAAUAUAGGAAAAAUUAUGAUACAAACAGAGUAUUGUGAUUCAUCUCACUUUUUUUUUGUUAUAUCUUUAAUUGUAUAAUUAGUAUUGUAGUAAUAAAUUAGAUCUUUAGUGUAUUUAUUUCGUAAUUAUCUAAUUAUCAUAAUCACAAAAUAUUUAUCCAUAAAAAAUAAAUGAUGUUAUUUGUUUCUGAC